CGAUCGUCUUUUGUUGGUUGUUUCAGUAAGGUCUAGUGGUUUGCCGGUGGUUAGUUUUCGGUGGUUGUGGUGUAAUUCGGGCUUAACUAUCUAGUGCGCGGAAACCCGUUGGGUUUUUGGGUAAUUUUGGUGGUAAAUGGCCGUAUCUGCGCUGAAUAUGUCCCCGUAUUUUACUGGAUAUCCGUUUCAAGGUCAAGGAAGAGUCAACCAGCUAGGCGGCGUCUUCAUCAACGGUCGCCCUUUACCAAACCACAUCCGGUUGAAAAUCGUGGAAAUGGCGGCCGCCGGGAUAAGACCGUGCGUGAUAUCCAGACAGCUCCGUGUCUCUCACGGCUGUGUGUCAAAAAUUUUGAACAGAUACCAGGAAACUGGCAGCAUCAGGCCCGGUGUGAUAGGAGGGUCGAAGCCUAGGGUGGCCACCCAGGAGGUGGAGACUAGGAUAGAGCAGUUGAAGAAGGAGCAACCCGGUAUUUUUUCCUGGGAGAUCAGGGACAGGCUGAUAAAGGAAGGGAUAUGUGACAAAAAUUCAGCGCCCUCAGUCAGUUCAAUCAGCAGAUUGCUUCGUGGUGGAAGAAAAGACGACCCAGAACGAAAAAAUCACUCUAUAGACGGAAUACUUGGACCCAACUCUUCAUGCGACGAAAGCGACACAGAAUCAGAACCUGGCAUUCCUCUGAAGAGGAAACAACGCCGUUCAAGAACCACCUUCACAGGGGAGCAGCUGGAGGCCUUAGAACGCGCUUUCAGUCGUACCCAAUACCCCGAUGUCUACACUCGCGAAGAACUAGCUCAGAAAACCAAACUAACUGAAGCACGCGUUCAAGUCUGGUUCUCCAAUAGAAGAGCUCGUUUACGCAAACAACUGAACUCCCAACAACUUAACGCCUUCAACACCAUGUCCCUCCAAACCGCUUUUCCAGUGCAACAGCACUACACCGAUCCAACUUUCAACCAGAGCACCUGGGCGCAACAGACCUACGCCAGUGCUGCUGCUCUGGGCACCACACCUUCCUUAGCUGGUGCUCUACCUUCCAGUGCCCUUCCCAGCUCGUGCUUACCGCAUUCUCUUUCGUCCAGCACUAGUUCCACCUUGGGUAGUACCACCAACACCACGUCUACUCCCGGUAGCCAGAAUGCUUUGUACAAUUCUUAUGGAGGUGGUACCAGUCUGGAACAUAACGGCGUGAAUCAGUUUGGGUACAACAUGGCGCAAGUGUCGCCGAACCAGCACAGCGUAUCGCCCCAGCAGAGCGCAGUGUGGGCCAGGCAUGCUCAGGGCAAUAAGGUGGCUGAGAAUCUUAGUGCUUCAUGGCAUGAAAAUUACAGUUUAUUCGCUUCCGGAGUCCAAUAUGGGGCCCACUCGCCCAGCGAGGCCAAAUCCGGCUACCCCUAUUUCGGGGCCAUGGAGAUGUGUUCCAGCCGCGUACAUUAG